AAAUCACUUAAUGGAACAACCUCAUUAAUGGAAGUAGUAAGCAUAAUCGAACAGCAUUUAAUAAGGGAGUCACAAUUUGUGAGAUUCAAUGAGAUCAAUAAAAUGCUACCAUGCGUUAUGCAUGCAACUUAUCGAGAUCACUAUUUUAUAGCAAUUGAUAAGGCUUGCACUAAAUUUCUUACACCGGCAAUACAAAAGUUGCAGCAAAAUCAAAUAGAUCAAUGCCCCCACUAUCAAGCCUAUCAUACAGAUUUGGAGUUUGAGUUACAACAACAAGCUCAUAUUGAAAAUAUUAAUAAACUG